CGCUUCUCCUCAGUUCAGCCCCGACUCCGCUACACCCCCUUCCCCCCCUCCCGGCCUCGCGGCCGCUUUUGUUCGGGUCUACCCCAGCGAGUGGGGCGCGAGGAAGCCCCGGGCCCCGAAGGGACGGACGACGGUGGCGACGGAGGAGGAUCUUGUUACCGUAACAGGAGCGGGUCAAAGUCCCGUGAAUAAACCCAACCGGCCACCCGCUGCAUCCUCUCUUUUUCUGACGCCCGUUAGGGCUCCCCGAAGCCACGGCCGAAAACUACGAGGGAGUAGUUCUCUUCUAGGGAGGGAAGGGUUCUUGCCAUGGCCUGGGGCUCGGGGCCUCUUUACUUCACUGCCAGAGGAACCUCAAGAACUAUAGCAGUACCUCUUGUCCCUUCCCUUCAAAGCUGGUUAGUGGUGGCAUGGAAGAUACAUUUGAGGAAGCAGAUCAUCAACCAACAGUCCCAGGGAUGGUCAUGGAUGGCCUGGAAUCUGGGGAAAUCACUCCACCAACCAAAAGGAAAAGCAAGUUCUCAGGCUUUGGCAAACUCUUCAAACCCUGGAAAUGGCGGAAAAAAAAAAGCAGUGACAAGUUCAAAGAAACAUCAGAAGUUUUAGAGCGGAAAAUAUCCAUGAGAAAGCCAAGAGAAGAGCUGGUGAAAAGAGGGCUUCUGUUGGAGGACCCUGAGCAGGGUGGAGAUGAUUCUGGGAAAUUUGGCCAUACCACAUUAAAGAAUGGCCACACUAUUCCCAUUGGGAGUGCUGGGCCUUCUAAUCCAGGCCAGGUGGAGGAGCUAGGAAGGAUAACAAGACUUAAGAAGUCUCCUCCAGGAGAGGAACCAAAGACACAACCAGGCUCAUCUGGAAGCCAGCCCAGUUCUGAAGUGGAACUUAUUCCUGAACCAGCACCGAAAACACUUUUGCCACGACCCAAAAGGCCUUUGUCAUCUUCUCAUGAAGAAAAUGAUGGGCAAGCAAGUGAUACCAACAUUGGCAGCACUGCAAGGACCAUUUCCUCCUCCUCCUCCUCCUCUUCAACCUCCUCCUCCUCCUCCUCUUCUACAGCACCCACUGCCACUGCUGCAGUCCUGGGCCUAGCAAAGACAAUUAGUUCCUCCAGCACCCCUUCCCCAGCUCCCAGGACUAUACCUGCUGUUCCUGUCAGCACUAACAUGACUGCUCCCUUGAAUAUGAUCCACACUGCCUCUGCCAAGCAGCCCCCCAUCCCUCCCCCUAAACCAGCUAACAGAAAUAGUAACCCUGUUAUUGCUGAGCUUUCACAAGCAAUAAACAGUGGCACAUUGCUAUCAAAGCCAUCCCCACCUUUACCACCCAAGAGAGGAAUUCCGUCUACCCUGAUGCCUUCCUUGGAGUCUGCUGCUGCCACAACAAAACCUCCAAAUGGUCAGAGAGAAGGGACCAGUUUCUCUGCCUCCAAUUCAAUCCAGAUGAUCCCACCUCCCUCCCCUUCUCCUCCUCUGCCUACUCACAUACCUCCUGAACCCCCAUGUUCUCCUCCAUUGCCUCCUAAGACUCAUCAAAUUGCGCCAGAAAUGGAGCAUUUGCCCUCCCUAGAUCUACCCCCAGAAGUCCCUCAGCUGGAAGAUCAGACCUUUGACGUGCCUAAGAGGAUGCUUGAGCAGAGCUUUGGAGAGCCCCACAUACCCUCAAGACUUCCCCUGCUGCCACUGCAUAUCCGUAUCCAACAAGCUUUGACCUCCCCUCUGCCUGUCACCCCACCAUUGGAGGAGUCUCAGCGGGCCCAUUCUUUGCUAUUUGAGAAUAGCAAAGGCUUUUCUGAAGAUGGUGGUACACUGGGUCGGACAAGGUCACUCCCUAUCACAAUUGAAAUGCUUAAAGUUCCAGACGAUGAAGAGGAAGAGGAUCAGCCUCAUCCAUCGGCUCAUAUUGGAGAAAUGGGUUCUACCACAGUCAUUCCUAAGCUCAUACCACAGUGUGUGCAGGAGGAGGAGGAAGAAGAAAAGGAAAGUGACUCUGAUUCUGAGGGCCCCAUUUUGUAUAGAGAUGAAGAAGAUGAAGAUGAAGAUGAAAGCCAACAUAGUGCUCUGGCUAACAAAGUAAAGAGGAAAGAUACUCUGGCCAUGAAGUUGAAUGUCAGACCUAAUGAAUCAGACCUGGGGCUGAAUUCUUGGCCUCGAAAGAGCAAAGAAGAGUGGAAUGAAAUACGACACCAGAUUGGGAACACGUUGAUUAGGCGGCUGAGUCAGAGACCUACAGCAGAAGAACUGGAACAAAGGAACAUACUCCAACCCAAAAAUGAAGCUGACCGGCAAGCAGAGAAACGAGAGAUCAAACGUCGACUCACCAGGAAGCUUAGUCAAAGGCCUACAGUAGCUGAACUCUUGGCCAGGAAAAUCCUCAGAUUUAAUGAGUAUGUAGAGGUAACUGAUGCUCAGGAUUAUGACCGACGAGCUGACAAGCCCUGGACAAAGUUAACCCCUGCAGACAAGGCUGCCAUUCGAAAGGAACUCAAUGAAUUUAAAAGUUCAGAGAUGGAAGUUCAUGAAGACAGCAAACAUUUUACACGCUUCCAUCGACCAUGACGCUGACUUUUGAAGAAGAACCUUAAAGGCCCCCAAAACAGGGCUGUUUUCAAGCUUUCAUCUCUAGAUACAUGGAAGACCCCUUAGUUCUCCACGACACAACCAGAAAUGGGCUCUCCAUAGUUCUAGGAUGGACAGCAUUUCUCUGAAUGUAGCAUUUCACUGGAACAAAUGCACCAGAAAGGCCCCUGGGGCCAGACCAAACACUAUACUAGUGUUUUUCCACCUUCAUAGACUGCAUCUCAUACUUCAAGGGGAGCCCAGAGUUCUUAGGAAGAUUUCCAAGUUGUACAUUUUGCUGCCCUGUGUGAAUGCUGGUACUGCUAGGGUUGUCCCUGACCAGCAGUGGCAUGGCAGAAUCCCCACCACUCAACCCAGCUGGUAGAGAGACUGGAGCUGCCAGCACCUGCCUCCUGGAGAAAACACACUCUGCCCCUGCUCACCCCCAGCCCUUCACCCAGCUCAUUGGUCACUGGGACAUACAGGAAUGUGUUCUGGCCUAUCAGGAGGGUGUGCCAUUUGUUAAGGCCAGUCAAAAAGCUCUGUCUUAUACCUCGCGUAACCCAGCAAUACUCUUCAUUGGACAGUUGGGCCCAAGAGAUGCCCACAAUCCAUUGACUCAUCCAUUUUGACACCAAUCAGCCAGGUUCUUUAUUGUAAAUAGUCUUGAAAAAAGUGGUGGGAACAUCUAUUUUUCCUGUUGGGUUUUUGUUGUUUGUUUAGUCUGAGCUGAAGCGCCAGAUUCUGAAUUAGUCAAAUGGGAAAUAUAUAUAUUUUCUUGAUGCAAAAACAGAACAAAAAACUACCCCACAGGUAGGCAGGAAACUGACACAGAUCUGACUUAUAGUCAUUGGCUUUUGUGUAUUGUUGUCUCGAUGCUAAACCGAAUCACUACUGACCAAGAAGAACUCUCUUCUACAGAACUAAGUUGAGCAGCUCUGUCAGGGAGGGUCACUCCCACCCCACAGCCACAAGUACAGCCAAGCCCAGGGCUUUGGGGCAAAAAGAAAAAGGGCAGAAUUAUGCCCUGCCGCCCCUCUCUGGGCCUUGUGGCAGCAUCACCCCUACUGUGUUUCGCCCUUUGUCUUCUUGUUGUUUCCCCUCUUCCUUCCCCCCUCCCCCCACACACAUUCUGAUGCCCCUCUCUCUCCUGCAGUUCAGACCUCAGCUCAUUUCUCUUUUAGGAAACCAUAGUACAUGCAUCUGGUGCCUAGGCCUUAAGACACCGCAUCCCCAGCUGUUCCUCCAAGGGGUCCCAUUUGUCUUUGUCAUUGUUGCUAUGUCUUCUAAGGAAUGGCUCAGAUGCUCUUACUUACUUCUGUGAAAACCAUCUAACCUCUUUUUAUUUCCCUCAGGUUCAUGCCCAUGGUAAGAAGAGAAAACAAAAAUGAGCCCUACUCUGAAUGUAGUUUUGUGGUUUGUUUGGGGUGUAUGUUUUUUCUUAAAAGUUCUGUAAAUUGUGCCAGUUUCCUAAAUAGUUUUCUCCCAUUUUUCCUUUAACUUCUCUUUUGUCAACCUUGAUUUUUCCUUAGCCCUAUUCUCCCUUUUCCAUUUCUCUGUCAGUAUGUCGCCUACUAUAAAAUAUUUGUAUUUCAGGUCUGAACAAAGGGCUAAAGUGACCUUAAAGGUGGUGUUUCAUUCGGGUGGGUGCUGUGUCUAUGUCCCAUGGUAAGACUUGGGAUACCAAUUGGAAGGCAAGUGAUGGUGCUACAAAAGAUGUGAACUAUCAGCUGAAAGUAAACAGGCCCAGACAGUAACAGCUGCUCACUUGUAUUCUCCUAAUCAUUCCACCUGCCUGAGGCAUGGCUUCAUCCGUACUUCUAGCUGACUUGAAGCCCACCAUGUGCAGUUGGCCCCACCAGCAUUCUCUGGGGUCUGAGAAGAUGUUUGUAACCUUCCUUUCACUGCCUUUACUUUCCAAUCCAAAGGUGCCAAGCUGGUACCAGGUUUGGUGUCCUGGGUAACCAGUCUGCCUUCUGUGUGCCACCAGGGAGCCCCAUUAACCUUCAUCUCAGUCAUAUUUUUGGAGGGGUGGUGGGGGAAAACCCGGCCUUUUUCAGGGUUUUUUUUUUAUAAAAUGAAUUUUGAAUUCCCUUUCCCUAUAAUUAUCAAAAUUUCAUAUAAUGUAAAAAAGAAGUAAAGUUCUUCUUAGAAAACCUGGUAUAUUAGGCUUCAGAAUGCUUUCUUGAUGUACAAAAUCUCUUUGUAGAGGAAAUAAUUACAUUGUAUAUCAGUCUUCCUAUCAAUAAAUAUUAAUUAUUAAAGUAUUAAA